GGGGGACCCGCCCCUCAGCAGAUGCGUAACAUUAUUAUGUUAUUUAUUUUGUAGCUCAAAAUCCAACAAGAAUUUAGAGAAAGAAAAUGGUGAGUGAGAUUGAUGAAGCAUUUAAUGCAUUUGGUUUACCCACUCUCUCUAUCUAUCCCUACAACUCCAUCUUCUUUCUCAAUCGCCAGUUUGCCACCUCUCUCUUUCUCUCUAUACAUAGAGCAGAGAUAUUGAUCCUAAUUGUAGCAGGCAGCAGCAUCACCAGCAACCACUAAUAUAAAUUGUGUCGGUGCAACAUAUCUCUGAUGCUGCGUCUGGAUUUGGAUUGCCCUUCUCCUGCAGCUCCUUCUCCAUCUUACCGUAGCAGUAGUGCUCUGCUGCCCUGCCAAGAUCAUGUGCUCAAUAUGUCUCCCAGGCCUGAAGGACAUGUAAGAGCACUAGUGGACGAUCACUCUUCUUUUUCCGGAAGCAACUCUCAUGCUUCAAAUAAAUUCCAGCGAAACUGUGUUAACUUGCAGUCUUCCAUGGAAUUGAUGAAAGAAAUUUCUAGUCUCGAAAUUGAAAUAAUGCAUUUGGAACGAUAUCUACUCUCACUUUACCGGACAGCUUUUCAGCAAAAUAUCCCAGCUUUGUUGGAAAAUCAGAAAAUCCAUUCACAAGGCAAGAUAAGCUCCCCUACCCAAUGUACAACUGAUCAAUCAUAUUCCGAUGUAGAACAAGAUAUGCUAAAAUGUGGUGCGGACCAAUAUGAUAGAAUCUCCACUUCAUGUGCUUUGGCUGGUUCAAGUGAUCACAUUCAGACUGCUAAGAAAUCAUUGUCUAUAAGGGAAAAGUUAACUGAUUCUGGCCACCGUAGCCUUGCGGAUCAUCUCACUGCCUCUCGCAUGGAUGACGUUCUUAGUUAUCCUGAUAGGCUGUCUGAAGAAAUAGUUAGAUGCAUAUCUUGUAUAUACUGCAAAUUUGCCAACCCAGAAAUUCUUGCUCAAAAGGGAUCAUCAGUUUCUUCUACUUCGUCGUUAUCAUCAUCAAGCACAUUUUCUCCAAGAAAUCUUUCAGGCAGCUGGAGUUCACAUCACAAUGAGAGCACUGAGCAAUAUGAAUUUGAAGUUUAUAAAGAUGAUGACAACAGGCCGAAUUCUACAAUGAUAGAAAUUUUGAAGAUAUGCCUAGAUGACGAUAGUUUCAAUUAUGCCACAACAAUGCUGCAUAAGUUCAGGUCACUGGUUAAGAGCCUUGAAAAGAUUGACCCAAGAAACAUGAAGCGUGAAGAAAAGCUAACAUUUUGGAUCAAUAUUCACAAUGCCCUGGUGAUGCAUGCUUAUUUAGCCUAUGGAACUCAAAAUUCUGUCAGAAGUUCUUCAAUCUUGAAGGCAGCUUAUAAUGUGGGUGGCCAUUGCGUAAAUGCUUAUGUCAUACAGAGCUCCAUAUUAGGGAUACGACCACACUAUUCUGCACCGUGGCUACAGACGCUCUUUUCUCCAGGGAAAAAGCUUGCGACAGCAAAUUCUAGACAUACCUAUGCCAUUGAGUACCCUGAGCCACUUGUUCACUUUGCACUGUCUUUGGGUGCAUCUUCUGAUCCUGCGAUCCAGGUUUACACAGCGAAGAACGUAUUUCAGGAUCUUAAAGUAGCGAAAGAGGAGUUUAUACGAUCUACAGUUUGCAUUAACAAGGACAAAAGGAUUUAUCUGCCAAAGAUCAUAUGCUAUUUUGCAAAAGAUAUGUCCCUGAGCACGGAUGGACUACUUGAAACUGUCAUGGGAUGUCUACCGGAAACUCAAAUGAAACUAGUAAGAUCAUGCAUGAAGGACAGAGCCGAUAAGUUGAUUUAUUGGCUACCCCAAAGUUGGACAUUUAGAUAUUUGAUCCAGAAACAAGUAAUCAAAGGAAGAUUAUCCAUUUAACUGUCAAUAUUAGCGUAGUACUUAUUUCUCUCCUUUAUUGAUAAGUCGUGUAAGCAUCAUUAUGUUAUUAUUCUGUUGGGAUGUUCAGUAAGUUUAAAGGAAGAGGUGGUUGCUUAAAGCUGGAGAUGUAUUGUAUCGUACUAUAUAUACGAGAGUAAAUUAAAGUUUGUCUGUUUGCAUUA